AACAGUCUAUGGUUUUACCUAGAACCCUCUGGUUUUACCAUAGGUGUGCACGUAGCCCUCUCACAUGCCUAGGCCAGCCAAUCACUGCCUUUUGUUUCGGGCAUGCACGCUCUGACAGUUCUGGAAAAACCGAAAAACAUUUGCCGACCAGAAGAGAGAUGUGUGCGAAAUGCUAUGUCAAAUGCAGCUUACGCGUACUCAUGUAGGCUACAUUCACUUUGUCUUCAAGUUUUGAAGACCAUAGUUUCGGUGUAACAUAUCCAAAGGCAUUCACCGGAAAAAAAACGCGAAUUGUUCUUAGAAGUUUGUAUCGUGAGGUAAGCAGAUGAAAAGCUAAUUAUCAUAACUAGCUAGCUAACGUUACCAAGAUACCUGCGCAAGUUUUAGCGUGUGUUGCAAUGAGCCUUUGGGGAGGGAGCGCAGUACGGAUCGUAUGGAUGAUGACUGGAAAAAAACAACACGGGGUCGACCUUGGUACCUCCCUUCGUCGAGUUGACAACCUGCAGGUGGAGGCGGUGGAGACAGGCUCGGACAUAGGCUGCUGUGGACUUGUCAGUCUCGCAAGCGGUUUCAGGAAAGUGGCUGCAUGUGUCCGACAAUGCACAGAACAUUAACCGGUACAAGGCUACAGCUGUCGGCGGACACGGAGUGCAGAAAAUGUGUCCGAGCCUCCCGGACAGAGCACUCAGUCUCUGUGCUCCCCUUCAUUUCAUGCUCCAACAUGUUGGCAGGAGGAGAAAGAAGAGGAUGCUGCGCUCUACGCUCGGUGCGUUCUUGCCACCUCUCCGGCCAGCGCACACUGCCUCUGACUCAGACUCAGCUUUCAGUUGUCUCCGCCUGAGGGACUUAAGACAGGAGGUGGAGGAGGAACAAAAGGAUACGCUGGAGACCAGGAGCUCUCACACCAGAGUCCCCAACAGAAAUAACAGCAGGAGAGCAGAACAGAGCAACUGCUCCUCAUCUGUGGUGGAAACUCCUAAUACCUCAGCAGUGACCACCUCUUCUGCCUCUUGUAGUUUCCCUCCCUCCUCUUCCUCCUUCUCGGCUCCAAGAUCCAUGUGGCAAGAGGCAAUAAGGAGGAAGCCAUAUCUCCUGGACCGGUCAGGGGAGUCUGGUGAAGGGGAUAAAGGAGGAGGAAAAGGUCAGGAGAGGAGGAACAGGUCCCCGGAUUGGCUCUAUGAGUCCUACUACUGUAUGAGCCAGCAGCAUCCUCUGAUUGUGUUUCUGCUGCUCAUAGUGAUGGGAGCCUGCCUGGCUCUGCUGACUGUGUUCUUUGCUUCAGGACUGAACAUUGAGGACCACGUGGCCUUUGUAAUCACGGUGCCCACGGCGCUGGCCAUCUUCCUGGCUGUUUUUGUACUUGUCUGCAUUGAGUCCAUCUUCAAGAAGCUUCUACGCAUUUUCUCCCUGGUUAUCUGGGCCUGCUUGGUUGCCAUGGGUUACCUUUUUAUGUUUUCUGGCGGGAUCAUCUGUCCGUGGGAUCAGGUGUCAUUCUUCCUGUUCAUUGUGUUUGUGGUUUACACCAUGCUGCCGUUCUCUAUGCGGGAAGCCAUCAUCGCCAGCGUCCUGACCUCCGCCUCACACACCAUUGUGUUGAGUGUCUGCCUGUCCACCACAGCUGAUCACAUGGAACCAGUAGUGUGGCAGAUUUUGGCCAAUAUCAUAAUUUUCUUGUGUGGCAACAUGGCGGGGGCGUACCAUAAACAUCUGAUGGAGUUGGCACUUAAACAGACUUAUCAGGACACCUGCAACUGCAUCAAGUCCCCAAUUAAACUGGAGUUUGAGAAGAGACAACAGGAGCGUCUCCUGUUAUCUCUGCUGCCAGCUCACAUUGCCCGUGUGAUGAAAGCUGAGAUCAUCCAGAGACUGAAGGGCCCAAACUUCGGCCAGAUUGAGAACACAAACAAUUUUCACAACCUCUAUGUCCAGAGACACACUAAUGUCAGUAUACUGUAUGCUGAUAUAGUGGGAUUCACACGGCUGGCCAGUGACUGCUCACCUGGAGAGCUGGUGCACAUGCUGAAUGAGCUGUUUGGCAAAUUUGAUCAAAUUGCAAAGGAAAAUGAAUGUAUGCGGAUCAAAAUCCUUGGCGACUGUUACUACUGUGUGUCCGGCCUACCGGAGUCUCUGCCGAACCAUGCUAAGAACUGUGUGAAAAUGGGUCUGGACAUGUGUGAGGCCAUCAAGAAAGUGCGAGAUGCCACUGGGGUUGACAUCAACAUGCGUGUCGGCGUGCACUCUGGGAAUGUCCUGUGUGGUGUGAUUGGACUUCAGAAAUGGCAAUAUGAUGUUUGGUCACAUGAUGUAACACUGGCCAAUCAUAUGGAAGCAGGAGGUGUACCAGGGCGAGUCCACAUUACCUCAGAGACACUGGAGCACCUGAAUGAUGCCUAUAAGGUGGAAGAUGGGGAUGGGCAAGAAAGAGACCCCUACCUGAAGGAACAUGGAGUCAUCACUUAUCUGGUCAUCAACCCAAAGGUGGAGCGUCGGAGCCCACAGUAUCAUUACCGUCCCAGACACACUGUAGACGGGGCAAAGAUGAGAGCCUCCGUCAGGAUGACCCGCUACCUGGAGUCCUGGGGAGCAGCCAAGCCCUUUGCCAACCUGCACCACAGAGACAGCAUGACUAAUGAGAAUGGGAAGAUCAACACUGCUGAUGUGCCCAUGGGACAGUAUCACUUCCAGAGGAGAUCAGAAAGAACAAAGUCUCAGAAGAAACGGUUUGAGGAGGAACUUAACGAGAGGAUGAUCAGGACCUUUGAUGGGAUAAAUUCGCAAAAACAGUGGCUCAAGUCAGAGGACAUCCAAAGAAUAUCAUUAUUCUUUCACAACAAAUCCUUGGAAAAGGAGUACAGAGCAACAAACUUGCCGGCCUUCAAAUACUAUGUCACCUGCGCCUGUUCGAUCUUUUUCUGCAUUUUUAUUGUGCAGAUUCUCGUCCUUCCAAAGACAACUGUCUUGGGGAUAUCCUUUGGAAUGGCUUUUCUUAUCCUUUCCUUGAUCCUCUUCAUAUGUUUUAUUGGACACUUCCUGCACUGCAGUAAAAGCGCCUCCACUUCUUUGAUGUGGCUGCUGAGGUCAUCAGUCAUUAUUGCCAACAAGCCUUGGCCCCGCAUCACUCUCACCAUGACAACCACAGCUCUAAUACUCAUAAUGGCAGUCUUUAACAUGUUCUUUUUGGAAGACAAUUUGUUACCUCCUGUUCCUGUUUACAAUUCAUCCAAUGAAACAUUGUUUUACCCCAAUGGACAACCAAUCACCUUCACAGGAAAAAACAAUUUCUACCUUCCUUAUUUAAUUUAUAGUUGCAUACUGGGCCUCAUCUCUUGCUCUGUGUUCCUGAGGAUAAAUUAUGAGCUGAAGAUGAUUAUCAUGUUGACAGCUGUGGUGGUUUACAACGUCAUUAUUCUACAAACACAUGCCCCUCUGCUGGAUGAAUAUAGCAGAUUUCUGUACAAGACUGAAAGCCUGGACAGACCAGGAGUUCUUAAAGACCUGAAGACUAUGGGCUCUAUCUCCCUCUUUAUCUUCUUCAUCACUCUGCUUGUGCUUGCCAGACAGAGCUUAUCAUUAAAUGGGAUGCAGCUGAUCCCCUGGGCUCUACAGUGUGCUGAAAUAACAGCACGGCUGAACUGUAAACUGUGUCCACAAAAAGCACACGGACUACAUGAGUGGAUAUACAGUACAGAUAAUGAAUAUUACUGUAGGUUAGACUUUCUGUGGAAGAACAAGUUCAAGAAGGAGUGCGAGGAGAUUGAAACGAUGGAGAACCUCAACCGGGUUUUGUUGGAGAAUGUCCUGCCUGCACACGUUGCAGAGCAUUUCCUUGCACGCAACUGGAAGAAUGAGGAUCUGUACCACCAGUCCUAUGACCUGGUGUGUGUCAUGUUCGCCUCCAUCCCAGACUUUAAAGAGUUCUACACCGAAUCUGACGUCAACAAAGAAGGAUUAGAGUGCCUCAGGCUCCUCAACGAAAUUAUUGCUGAUUUUGACGAGCUGCUGUCCAAACCUAAAUUCAGUGGUGUGGAAAAGAUCAAGACUAUUGGUAGUACGUACAUGGCUGCUACUGGCCUGAAUGCAUCACCCGGGCCUGAGUACACAUCACAGGAGCAUGACAGGCAGUACAUGCACAUAGGGAUCAUGUUAGAGUUUGCAUUUGCCUUGGUGGGGAAGCUGGAUGUUAUUAACAAACACUCCUUCAAUGACUUCAAACUCAGAGUUGGUAUAAACCAUGGUCCAGUGAUCGCUGGAGUCAUUGGAGCCCAGAAACCACAGUAUGAUAUCUGGGGGAACACAGUGAAUGUAGCCAGCAGAAUGGACAGCACUGGAGUCUUAGGAAAAAUACAGGUGACGGAGGAGACGAGUCGCAUCCUUGUGACCCUGGGCUACAUGUGCUCUUGUAGAGGCAUUAUCAACGUCAAGGGCAAAGGAGAGCUCAAAACCUACUUUGUGCACACAGAGAUGACCCGCUCACUGUCCCAAGGGAAUGUAAUGCCGUAAGACUGGUUCAGACUAUGCUGGAUUUUACACAGACAAGAACAGAUGUUCAUUACAGACAAAGAUUUGUUCUUCUCAAUGCUGUUGUAACAAAAAUGAAUCAGGUCUGUGCUGCAAGGAGGAUAUAAAUCCGAUUUUAAUAUUUGCAAGUUACCUUUUCCACAGCUGUAGUAUACAUUUAGUCACUUACUGUACAGUAUGUAAGUGUAGCAUGUACAGCAAUUAGGCAAUAACCCCUGAAAUAUAUUGGAGAUAUAGAACAAGAAAAGCCACAGUGGUACAAGCCAGUCAGAUCUAGUGUGUACAAGUUUAGUCAGAGAGAAGCAUCUGAAAUGGUCUAAAUUAAUAUUCUGACUCAGUUCUGGUAAGCAGCCUGGAAAUCCAGACCCAUAUCCGAAAGAUUAAGGGUCUGGCAUUGAGUAAUGAAAAUGGCCCAACUCGAG